ACUAGCAGCGCCGUUGCUAUGCCUAUUAAUAAGGUUAAAUCCAUAUUUCUUUAAAUAUUAAAAAUAUAUAUACAAUUGAUUUGCCUACACAGCAAUUUAACAAUUUUGUUUUUGUAAUUUUGUAUUAAAACUAUUUCAUUAAACGUCAACAUAUCACGGAUCAUGACAUCAAAGCAAAAUUAGCAACCAGGCUGCCAACUUUAUUUAUAUUUUAAAAGUGGAACCAUAACUAGCUAAAUAGCAAUUUAUCUGAACAAAUGAUCAAUUUGCACCAUUAAAUUAAAAUGUUCUAGUCGCAAUUAAUCAAAUUUGUCAAACUUAUUUGGAUUGAAAUUAUAUUCAAUUAAAAAAACUACUCACAAACACCCUGUAAGACAUAUAAUUAAAAAACGAACAGAACAACAUAUAUAAAGCAAAUAACUAAAUGUCAGAUUUUUCUACAUUGGCAUACGUGUCGGGGUGAUUAUAAACGAAUUUAGGAAUUAAUAAAUUUUCACAAAGUUCGCCAGGAUUUGACCCAUAUAGCAAAGAUAAAUCAUGAGUAAAUGUUUGGUUACCUCAAUUGUGCUGCUUUGUGCUCUACAAACAACAUUUGGCCUUUACUUUCACAUAGCAGAAACAGAGCGAAAAUGUUUUAUAGAAGAGGUUCCUGAUGAGACAACAGUCAUCGUGAACUACAAAGUGGAAUUAUACGACCCGCGUUCUAAUGGUUUUAUGCCCUCUUCGCCCGGUAUUGGUAUGCAUGUGGAAGUACGUGAUAGCGACGAUAAAGUUAUACUAUCACGCGUUUACAGUUCCGAGGGUCGCAUUUCCUUCACUUCACAUAUACCCGGUGAACAUGUCAUUUGCAUGUAUUCGAAUAGCACAGCUUGGUUUAGUGGUGCACAAUUACGUGUCCAUCUGGAUAUACAGGUGGGCGAGCACGCCAUCGAUUACGCGAAUGUAGCACAAAAAGAGAAAUUGACUGAAUUACAAUUGCGCAUACGUCAAUUACUUGAUCAAGUGGAUCAGAUCACCAAAGAACAGAACUAUCAACGAUAUAGGGAGGAACGUUUCCGUCAUACAAGUGAAAGCACUAAUUCGCGCGUUUUAUGGUGGUCAUUGGCGCAAACCUUUGUUUUGGUCUGUAUGGGCUUCUGGCAGAUGCGACACUUAAAGAGCUUCUUCGAGGCGAAGAAAUUAGUGUAAAGAUUUUUAACCAACGAGUACGCGGGUGGAUACAAAGACAGUACGACGGCAAAUUGUUAUAAAUAGUAAAAGUAAUUUUUGAAUAUACAUACAUACACUGUCGGAAGUUAUGCUAAUUUAAAAUAUCCAGAAUAUUUGAUUUGUUCAUCAGCAACAGUUUUUCGAUGUGCCAACGUAUAGGAAAACUUAUGUCGACACUAACCAAGCUCAUCCAUUUCAUUUUGUCUCAAUCUCAGUUGCUUAUUAAUACAAAUAUUUGUACCAGCACGCUCUGUUUUGCAAAGAAUUGCUCAGAAAUAAAAUUAUAAUACUUUAUAAUAUAGUAAAUUUAUUCUGAAUAACCA